GGGCCGCGGGCGGUGUGGCGGGGCCGGAGCGAGCGGGGGUGCGGCCGCCAUGCCGGGCGCCGCCGCCCCGCUCCCCCGCCCGCAGGGCCGCGCCCGGGCCGCGCCCCAGGAGCGGCGGCGGAGAGUGGUCCCGCUGGCCGCGGCCCCGCCGGCCCGGGCGGGGGACGAGCCGCUCCUCAGGGGCAUCUUCGAGAUCGGCAAGAGGAGCUGCGACGUGGUUCUGAGCGCCCGGCGGCUCCGCUGGAGCCCCAUCCUGCCCGAGAGCCCCACAGGUGAUUCCAGUGUGGCUUUGCAGGCUCAAGAAGAGAUUAUUGAAAUGAAGGAUGUAUUUUCAGUAAAACUGAAACGUCGUCGUUUUGCAGGGCAGAAAAAAGGUGGUACUUUGUUGGGUAUCACAAUUUUUAAAUGCUUGUAUAAAGAAGAGAACAAGCUUACAGACUGUGCUGUCCAUUUAAAUAACUUAAGUGAAGAUCAUUGUCAGUCGUGGUUUAGACAUCUGAAGGAAAUUUUAAAUGGUUUUCAAAACAGACCUAAAUCCUUGAAAGUGUUUGUCAAUCCAAGCAGCCACAAAAGAGAAGCCACUAACAUUUAUUAUGAAAAAGUUGCACCUCUUUUUAAACUUGCUGACAUAAAAACUGAUGUCACAGUGACUGAAUAUGAAGGACAUGCCCUCUCAGUACUUAAAGAAUGUGAACUGCAGGCAUUUGAUGGGGUGGUUUGUGUUGGUGGAGAUGGAUCUGUCAGUGAAGUUGCUCAUGGGCUGCUGCUCAGAGCCCAGAUAGAUGCUGGGAAAGACACAGAAUAUGUAUUGAAGCCUGUCAGAGCACCGGUUCCUCUAGGAGUAAUACCAGCAGGUACUACAAAUAUUUUGGCCCAUACACUCUAUGGUAUUAAACAUGCAGUGACAGCGACACUGCACAUUGUAAUGGGACACAUUCAAGCCGUAGAUGUGUGUACUUUCAGCACUCCAAGCAAGCUGCUGCGCUUUGGGUUCUCGGCCAUGUUUGGGUUUGGGGCGAGGACGCUGGCUUUGGCAGAGAAGCACCGCUGGAUGCCCUCCAGCCAGAGGAGGGAUUUUGCUUUUGUCAAAACCCUGGCAGAUCUCAAGCCAGAGGAAUGUGAAUUAUCAUUUCUCCCUCUACAAAUUCCACAGGAAGACACUCAUGAGAAGGACAGAAAGAAGAAAGAAAGACUGAAAAAAGGUAGCAAGGAUCAAUGGCAGAAAAUUCAGGGUCACUUCCUGAAUGUGAGCAUUAUGGCAAUCCCUUGUCUGUGUUCAAUGGCACCAAGAGGCUUGGCACCUAAUACGAGGUUGAACAAUGGAAGCAUGGCUCUUAUUGUUGUACAAAAUACUUCUCGAACAGAGUUUAUAAAGCAUCUGAAAAGAUACACCAGUGCAAAAAAUCAGUUCAAUUUUCCCUUUGUUGAGACCUACACAGUUGAAGAAGUAAAAGUACAGCCAAGGCUUAAAAGUGGACCUGAUGCCAAGGAAAAUGUGUGUCUGAAUGUAGAAGGAAACUACCCUUGGAAUAUAGAUGGAGACUUAAUGAAGGAAGCAUCAGAAGUUCAUGUCCGGGUGCAUCCUCAACUUAUUGAUCUCUAUGGAGUGAACACUGAUGUCCUGGAGAGCUCCCAAGUGACGUGCAACUGCAUAUAGAAGGGACACACUCGAAAUUCUGUAAUAAAGAAUCCUGUUCUCAGCCCUAUGCACAGCUUUCCAAGGUCUGGACUUGUCCUGCUGUCAGUUGUAGCAGAAGCUUUAUUGGUAAGAGUUAGGGUUUGUUCUAAUUCUAGGUUUAAAUUGUUAUUAAAUUAUAUUUUUUAGCAGGUCCUGUUUAACUAUAUUGAAGGUGUUAGGCUUUAAAAAGAAAAAGUGAAAAUUGAUUGUAUUGGUCUCUUACAAAUUUGGGGUUUGAGAUGUGUCCAUCAGAAUGGAAGAAAUUUCUUUUUCAUUAGUCUAGAUUUUUUUAGACUGAGAUACUUCUAAGUCUGCUGCUGCUAUCCAUGUUUUCAGGUAACUCAGUUCAGCACAGGGAACAACCAUACCUCUACUCACCAGCUCCAACUGAAGAAUGGUGGCAAAAUAAAAAUGUAUGCAUUUAUUUUUUUAAGCAAGUACUUCUAUUUCUAGUUAUGAUUUUUUAAUGUUGCCUUAAUAUAUUUGCUCUCAAAAUGUUUCUAGUCAAAUAAAAUAAAAGAAUAUGUUGAUGUCCUGUAGGGCUUUCCUUUGUUAAAAUAUAUUUUAAAAACUGCUCUUUGUAUAAAAUUAGUAUUUUCUUCUGUCUUAGAACUGAAACAUUAUUCAGCAUAGUUUUUGUUGUUGCUGAAACUAAAAUUGUGAUAAAUUACUUACGAGUUGACUUAAAUUUUUGUAAUUUCCUUAUAGGGCAUGAACAUAAUUUUUGAGUGGUAGUUUGUUUGGUAAUUUACUUAAUAUUGAAGACAAUUAUUUCAGAGGACAGCAAAUGAAGACUAUAUUUUUUCUGGGAACUGGCUUCCUUUGAGAUGAAAAGUAGCAACCAUGUUUUGCUGUUUGCAGGACCAUGGAUAACGAAUGUUUUCCUGGUCACUCCUCUGGGAGUCACUCAGAAGGCAGUACACAACCAAGGCUGCACUGGGUCAGGGCAAGAGUGAGUUGUUCUGGGUGCUUUCUUCAGGAAGCAGUCAAGUGAAAUGUGAAAUCCUGUCUUUGUAUGAUGUUGCUAAAUCAAGGGCUUAAGCCUUUAUAAGAGAUCUGUAGCUACUAUGAUUUUAAAAAGUUAUAAAAAUUCUUAUCUGUGAUAAAUACACAGGACUGAGCACUGCACCUAAAGUACUGCAGAUGAGGAUUUGGCUCCUAAACCCAAGCUGUUGCCUGUUGUCCAAGUCACAGGGAGCAGUCUCCCCUUAAAAUUUAUACUCUAUCCCAUCAAAUAUUUUUAACAUCAUAAGGCAAUUCAAACUAAGAUUUAAGUUGUUUAAAAAGGCAUUCCAGCCACAGUUAGUAGAUUUAACUUCUUUAUUAAAUGAAAAUUAACAAAAGAAUUGAAUUUGCAGAACGAACAGCAUUCACCUGUUAACUUGUUUGGGCCUUUUUUUAAUAAAAUUCAGUUGGGUAAUACUUUAUAAUCUUACCAUAAGGACAUUGUACAUUCAUUUUUUGUCAACCUGGUUUAUAAAAGCUUCAUAACUUUGCUUCAUAUCCUAAGAAAAGGCAGCCAACGUAUACAUGUUAACAAUCAAAUCUGAAUAGAAAGUGUACAAUUUCCAAGGCAUCAUUCUCACAUGUAUCGACUUAUGUAAACUAUUUCAAAGAUAAAUAAAAUGCUUUUGUUUCA